GAGAGAGAGAGAGAAAGGGGGAGGGAUAAGAAAGGUGAGAUUCUGGCCAGACUCAUUCUGCACAGGGAAAGAGAGCGAGGAGGAGGAACAUAUUAGGGGGGUCUUGUUUUGUGUAACUGCUAGUUCAGCACUGUUAGCUGCUUUAGCCGUCUCUGCUUUGAUGUACUGAGGGGUUUGCCAUGCCGUUUGCUUUACCUCGGCUCGCUGUGUGUGUGUAUGCAGUAUUAAAUGUUGUUUUGGUCUGGGCAAACACACACACGGUUCUUGAUCCAGGGUUCUCUCAUUGUAAGGAGUGCUUUUUCAAAGGCACACCUCCAUCAUCACUGUCUGAAGUGGGUUUGGAGCAGAGGUGUCACAGACAGCUGACCGGACGGCCUUUUGCAUCGCUUUAUAACACUGGCUGUCAGACCACCGUCUAUACAGCCCUUCAUCUCAGCCAGGCUAAUGGAUGGGGCAGAGGAGAGCAGGAUAAGCAGGAUGCUGAAGGGCAGAUCAAUGAAGAUUCCCAUGUGGCCAUCCCAGCCCUCUACACAGAAACUAUCGGUGAAACCCCAUCUUCCUCGAAUUCGCCUCUUUUGAAGUGGGACACUCUGACAGCAGGACUGAUACGGAGCUCGUUCAUACCGAUGUGCUCAAAGACAAGUGGGGAAAUAUAUGUGCAAAGUGGUGUGGGAAGAUUUAAUGAAUGUGGAGGGAAAGAGUUGUGGUCAGCAGUGUGUUGUGCUGCUUCAAAUGAGAAUGACAGGUUCAGUGUUGGGCUAAUAAAGGGUGGGGAGGUGAAGGUAGUGAGCAUUAAGGCAUUAGAGGAGCUGAUAGGAGUUACAGGCCUGUUUUCGGGAGGCUGUGGCGGGGAAGGAGAUCACAGUUCAAAGUUCACAUCACUCAUUACAGAGCAGCUCAACAGCAUCCAAACAUCCUCGUCUGAGGUGCAAAGUGAGACGGAUGUAGCCAAACAGACAGUACUGGAAACAUCAGACUUAGAAAAUGAAGAAGUGACAUCACGGUAUGUCAAUAGUGAAGACCAAAGCUACACAUCUUCCUUGGACUCAGAGAUGGACCUUCAGGAGAGCACCAAUGAGAGCUCGGAGUCUGUCGUAUUAUAUGUUUUGUCUUCCACCGUCUCACUCCUUUAUACUCCUUUCUCUCCGAUUGUAAACAGAGUCAUCAAUUUUCCAUUUCAGGUCGCAUAUGUUGUCAAGGAAGAUCUGUGCGUUUUAGCUUCUGUACCUGUUGACAGCCUAACCCUAGUUAGCAAUCUGGGCUCAGGUGUGUCAUCUGGGGUUUCACGUGUUUUUAACACCUUGUACGAGACUGGGGAGGUAACUACAUGUACGCUUUACUCAUGUGUCAGUUUGCUGGUCAACAGUCUGCUGCUGGUGCUCCAGGAGGGAUUCGUAGGCAUUGGCACACUGGUGUGGGAUGUCCUAUGUUUGAUGAUGGGCACAGUAUGUAAUGGUUUUACGAUCUGCAAGGUGGUGCUUGGGUCAAUCUGUUACCAGAUGCUAGACUACAUGUAUGCGUUAUGCUCAGAAUUGGGCCACCAGAUGUCAACAGUGGGUUGUGGGAUAGGAAAACUUACCUGGGUAAGUGGAAAGGGUGUGGGCAAUCUGGUUAAAAUGGCGGCGUCCGUUGUAUUUGGGGUGGUGGGGAAUACAAUAGAGAAUGUGCAGGAAGCUUUUGAAGACAGCUGGGGGGGAUCGUCUAUAGUGGAGUUACCUGAAAUCCAGCCUCCAUCAGAAGUACAUACACCUGAAGUGGCUGGUGAAUAGAAUUGUGUAUGCUAAUGUUUAACAACUGAUUUGCAUAUUAUACUAAAAUAGUGUCUUGCCAACAGCGCACCAAAUAUUAUAUAGCAUGUGAAUAUGGAUGAAACAACUUUACAUGUUGCCUUAAAACAGACAGAAAGACAUAAACUAUAAAAUACAUAUUAGUUUUUUAAUUCUUUUAUAAAGGCUUUGUUUUGGGCUGCAGUAUUAUGAAAUUACUAAAGAUCUGUUGUGGAAAUGAAGGUGUUUGGGGUGAUUUAUAACAAAGUUCAAGAUGCUGCAAUGUUUAUGAUGACAUCUAAAAAAAAGAUGAUGUUAUUGUUGUGAAAUGUUUGUUAUUUCAUCUGACAUGUAAGCUCUGCGAUGUGUCAUGGUUUAUAUGAUGCAAUAAAAACCUUUGAGUUAUGCAAUCUGUA